AUAUUGAAUAAUUACAGUGCUAACUUUGGGUUGUGUGCGCUACCUUGUUGUGAUAUGGAUUCCUAUGAUGUUAUAACAAACCAACCUGUCGUUAUAGAUAUAGGUACAGGUAUAUUGAAAGCAGGCUUCGCAGGUGAUCAAGUACCAAAGUACCGAUUCCCAAAUUACAUUGGCCGUCCAAAACAUGUUCGAGUUAUGGCAGGUGCUCUUGAAGGUGAUGAUUUUAUUGGUCCUAAAGCAGAAGAACAUCGUGGUUUAUUAAGUAUACGAUAUCCUAUUGAACAUGGUAUUAUUCGUGAUUGGAAUGAUAUGGAACGUAUUUGGGCUUAUAUUUACGGCAAAGAUCAAUUGAUGGUCAAUAGUGAAGAACAUCCAGUUUUAUUGACAGAAGCUCCACAUAAUCCAAAAAGAAAUAGAGAAAAAAUGGCAGAAAUAUUCUUUGAAACUUUUAGUGUCCCUGCGCUUUAUAUUUCAAUGCAAGCGGUAUUAAGUUUAUAUUCCACUGGACGAACUACAGGUGUUGUAUUAGAUUCAGGCGAUGGUGUAACUCAUGCUGUACCUAUCUAUGAAGGUUAUGCACUUCCACAUGCUAUCGAACGUACAGAUUUAGCUGGUCGAGAUGUAACACGUUUUUUACGUUUAUUAUUACGUAAAGAAGGUGCUGAUUUUCAUACAACAUCAGAAUUUGAAAUUGUUCGCCAAAUUAAGGAACGUGCAUGUUUCAUUAGUUUAAAUCCAAGUAAAGUUGAAGCAAUGGAAGCUUUAGCUUCAUAUCCAUUACCAGAUGGUUCUACAUUAGAAAUUGGUCCAGCACGUUUUCGUGCACCAGAAUUAUUAUUUCGACCAGAUUUAAUGGGUCAAGAAUAUUUUGGUAUUCAUCAAGUAUUAGCUUAUGCCAUUCAAAAAUCCGAUAUGGAUUUAAGACGUAUGUUGUAUGAGAAUAUUGUACUUUCAGGCGGUUCGACGCUUUUCAAAGGUUUUGGUGAUCGUCUUGUUUUAGAAUUAAAACGUUUAGCACCAAAAGAUGCACAUUUACGUAUAUCUGCACCACAAGAACGUUUAUAUUCUACAUGGAUUGGUGGUUCUAUUCUAGCUUCAUUAGAUACAUUUAAACGUAUGUGGAUAUCUAAAAGAGAAUAUGAUAGUGAAGGUGCACGUGUUCUACAUCGUAAACUUCUUUAAAAAUCCAUGGAAACAAUUAUUGAUUUCUUCAUUUCAAGUUGGUCAUCUCAAAAGAAAAAAAAAAGAGUUAUAUGUGUUGUGUAUAUUCAUUAAUAUAGGAUCUGUAUUUUCAUUUUAAGCACACGCUCACACACACACACACACCAACAUAUAGUCUUGCUUAUUUUGACCUAUCUACUUUACAAUAACCCUAUUUAUCAUCAUUAUAAUGAUACUUAGUUGUUUGUUUGUAUGUGUGUGUGUGUGUUGGUUUGUUUUGAAAUAAUAUCGGAGUUUUACACUAAAACAAAGAAAUCAUGAAUACCACAUUGGUUUUUGCUGUUGCUUUCCUUAACUACUCUUUAUAUAUGCUUCCAUUUCAAGGAACAAUAUAAGGAAUAUCUUCAUCCAUUGGGUUCCUUUGUUUUUUCUAUACUGUUUUUCUCUAUUAGUCCAUUCAGUUGUGUUUUUUGUUGUUGUUUUCUUUAAAAGGACAACUUCAACAGAGAGAAAGAAAGAAAAAAAAAACACUCUACUCACCCCUGUCUUCUUUCUCUUCUUCUUUGUGUUCUAUUCUACGGGUUAGUUUUCUUUUCUUCAUUUUUUUCCCAUAGAAAAUCUAUAAUUUUUUUUUUUGGUUUUUGUUUCUAUGCUAUAAAAUUGAUUUUUUUUUUCAUGUAUGAAAGAAAAAAAAAUUGUUUUUUAAUUCUAGAAAAAAAUAUUUUAAAAAAAAAUUUCAUUCCAUUUUUUAAAUGUUUAUUCUUUUAUGGUUAUUGGUUCAAUUAUUGACUUACUUCAUUAUUCAAAUGGUUGUUUUUCUCUUUUUUUUAAUUUUUCUUUUUUAAACUUUUCUUUUUUCUCUUUUUUAAAUUUUUUCUUUUUCCUGUUUUUAGAUUUUUCUUUUUUUCUUUUUUCUGUUUUUAGAUUUUUUUUCUCUUUUUUUUUAAUUUUUCUUUUCUCUCUUUUUUAAAAUUUUUAUCUCUCUUCAUUUUCUCUUUUUUUUAAUUUUCUCUCUAAUUUUUCUUUACUUUUUUCUCUUUUUUAAUUUUUCUUUUUUCUCUUUUUUUCCUCGCUCUCUCUAUUUAUGAACGUUUGAAUGGAAGUAUGUAGAUAUAUAUUUAUAUAUAUAUUCUCCGGUGUUAUGUUAUCCCCUUGUUUAUCCUCUUCUGUUCUUCUUCUGGGUUGUUUUUUUUUGUUUCUACCAUAGUAACAAAUGAAUUUCGUCAGUUACUUUGAUUCAAUAAUUCUAAUUUGUAUAUUCAUUAUUAUAUAAUAAUGAUGAUCUGAUCAUUACAUAUCUGUGUUAAUGUCGAAAACAAACAAGCAAAAAAACAAACACAAACAGUUUCCCUUUAAAUAUAUAUUCUCAUUACAUUUUAUUAAUAUAAGUUGUCAAUGUAAUAAAAUAUAUAUAUAUAUGGUUUAAUGAGUA